UUACUUGCCUACUUUAUGAGGUAACUCCUGCCAACUUCACACGUAUCUAACAAUUCAGAAUUGUCCAGUACAUGUUCACAGUCAUUGUACUCGGACAAAUUAUGUCAAUUUUCUCAUGAGAAAGCUUAUGCGAACUCAAAAUCUAAUUCUAUAAUCCUAAACGGAAAUGUCUCGGCAGAAAGUGGAAAAAAAUGGUAGCGCAGGAAAAUGCGAAUUGAGCGUUUGGUGUCGCGCAAUUACAGCUAAUUCCGAAUGGCCUGACAAGGAGGAAUUUCUUGACGUGAUAUACUGGGCACGGCAAGCCAUUGGAAUAGUUGUUGGUAUUGUCUGGGGACUUAUACCACUCAAAGGCUUUGUUGCCUUAUUGUUAUUUGUUUUAGUCAAUGCAGGAACUACUUAUGUGUACUUCAGCAAUUUUCAGCAAGUUGAUGAGGAGGAAUAUGGCGGUGCAUGGGAGCUCACAAAAGAAGGUUUUAUGACCUCAUUUGCUGGUUUUUUGGUAACUUGGAUAAUAAUAUAUUCAGGAUUGCACUUUGAUUGAAUAUAGACAACGAGAAGAACUGUUGCAUAGUGCAGACUGUCAGAGGAACUAGCAAUAAUACAUUUGUCUUUUUCUUGCGAUGAGCCAAUCGGAAUAUCAGUUAUUUCUGCAAUGGUAUUUACUGCAGUCAAAUUUAUAAUUGUAUAAAGCAUAAUGGGAAAUGUCUUUGAGACAUCUGUGUAAGACCAUCUAUAGGCAAGUUAACUCUGCCAAAUGUCUAUUGACUCGUACAAAAUAUUCUGUAUCUUUUCAUUCAACAAAAUUUAAUGUACCUCAGAGGAAUAUAUUAAGAAUGUUCAAUGUUUUAAAGAAUUUAUUCGAAAUGUGACCAUUGAACAUAUAAGGUAACAAUUGCUAUCGAAUGUAAAAUUUUCGAGUGCGGAAUACACGAUCUUUCGAAUUU